AUGCUUACUCUUCACACCGUUCAGACAUCCCUUCCCUCGCCGCGCAGAUCCUCUCUGCGCCGACAUGCCCUGCAACUAAGCAGGAGGAGAUUUUCCAUCUGUAAGAGCAGCUCCGAAGAUGAUGGAUCCGAUGCUCCCCUGCCGCACGGCGGUGACCAACGCCAGCAGGAGGUGCUUGCGAAAAUCGCCAUGCUUCAGACGCAGAAGGUCCGCAUCACAAACUUCCUGGAUGAGCGGUCUGCUUACCUGACCAAGUUCACCAAGGACGCCGACACCGAGUUUGAUAUGAUUGGGCAGAACGCCAUGAAAGAGCUCGAUCAAAUUGGGGACCAGGUGAGCAUCCCUUGUCAUGGACGGAUUAAACAGUAUAUUGCUUCUUCAUUUAGUGUCUGA